CGUGUAACAGACACGAUGGUGAAAGUGAAGUGACCUACAAACCAGCUCAGCUUGACUCGGGGCUGCAGAUCAACACCACGGCGGGCCCUGAAGGAGCCACUCAGCUCCUCCUCACGGGAGGACAGUUCCCAGGGUGUUUCUGGGCUGUGUGAUGAGGUGAACCGGGUCAGCACCUGGAGGUGGAGGUACAGCAGGAGAGUCAUGGUCAAACAGGAGGUGGGACUUGUUGGAGGAGCAGGUAGGCACACAGCAUAAAGACACGAGAAAAUUGUCAAGAAAACUAUCCAAGGCUGAGAAAUGGAUGCUCAAGACAAGGAGGGGGGAACAGACGGAGGAGAGGAGGCAAAAGAAAACCAAAAGUCUGAGGUCAGUGACGAACAGAAGCAAAGCAAAGACAAACAGAACAAGCUGGAGAAGGAGAGCAGUGAGAAGGAGGUCCGGAGGGACAACCGUCGUCCCUUGAGGAGCGGCUGGGCUCUGACCGAACGCCUCGCCAUCAACGUCUCUGGGAUGCGCUAUGAGACCCAGCUCCGCACUCUCGCUCAGUUCCCCGACUCCCUGCUGGGCGACCCCCGCCGGCGCCUUCGGUACUACGACCCCCUACGUAACGAACUGUUCUUGGACAGGAACCGCAUCUGCUUCGACGCCAUCCUCUACUUCUAUCAGUCGGGCGGCAGGCUGCGGAGACCGGCCAACAUCCCCCUGGACAUGUUCCUGGAGGAGCUGCACUUCUACGAGCUCGGAGAGGAGAUCAUCGACCGCUUCAAGGAGGACGAAGGCUUCCCUAAAGAGGAGGAGAGACCAUUACCCCCCAGAAAGUGGCAGCAGCAAAUCUGGAUGCUGUUUGAGUACCCGGAGUCUUCAAGUGGGGCGCGGAUCAUCGCCAUCAUCAGCGUCAUGGUCAUCGUCCUCUCCAUUCUCAUCUUCUGCUUGGAGACUCUGCCGAUGUUCAGGCAUGAGAAGGAACGACGGGAGCAAUACACAACCACGCCUCAUCCCACCAGCCCAAACGAAACCAUCUUGGUUGCACCAACGUUCAGUCCCUUCCAGGAUCCCUUCUUCAUCGUCGAGACCGUCUGUAUCUGCUGGUUCUCCUUUGAACUCAUCAUGCGCUUCAUCAGCGCUCCGAGCAAGAUCCACUUCUUCAAAGACAUCAUGAACAUCAUCGACUUCUUGGCCAUUCUGCCUUUUUUUGUCACGUUGGGCACGGAGCUUGCCAAGGACAAAGGUACUCCACCCUCUGUGUCCCUGGCCCUCAUCAGGGUUAUCAGGCUGGUGAGAGUCUUCAGGAUUUUCAAGCUUUCUCGUCACUCCAAAGGCCUCCAGAUCCUGGGUCAGACACUGAAGGCCAGCUUACGAGAGCUCGCCCUACUAAUCUUCUUCCUCUUCAUCGGGGUCAUACUCUUCUCAAGCGCCGUUUACUUUGCUGAGGUGGACAGUCCUGGCACGUUGUUUACCAGCAUACCUGAAGCUUUCUGGUGGGCGGUGGUGACCAUGACGACGGUGGGCUAUGGGGACAUGUGUCCAGGGACUGUUGGGGGAAAGCUGGUGGGCUCCAUGUGUGCCAUCGCCGGCGUACUCACCAUCUCUUUGCCUGUUCCCGUCAUCGUGUCCAACUUUAGCUACUUCUACCACCGAGAGAUGGAAUGUGAGGACACCAGAGUGUACAACCAUGUCCCCACAGCUCUCUGGGAACAGGACAGGGAGGACGAUGAAGAGAACGAUGAAGAGGACAAUGGAACGGAUGAAGAUCCUGAAUACAUGAGGGACUGUGACCCCAUGUCUGAGCAGAACAGGGCGAUUUGCCCCCCACUCAAUGGGACUCUUUUGGCUGGACUUUGUCCAGGACAGGUAGUGGGUGACCAGCAAGGGCUAAAGUUCUACCUCAAAGAACCUCUGGUCACCCAAGUUUGACAGACAACGGACAGAUUUACACAAACUUUGACCCUUCAUAAAAAAGAUACUGGUGUGAUUAAAAAUAAUCUAAAGGAACGAGAAG